AUGAAGCGUCAUGGUGGAAGUCCUUCAGCAGCUUCAAAGCGCAAGAAAAGUCGAGGACGGCGCAAGUCUAAAGCCGAACGAUUGGCUCGAUUGAAUCCCUUGACUAAUUCGUCAAAUGACUUGCAUCAGCUCCUUCAACUUCUUCGAUCUAGUCGUGUAUGGGACGCAGCACAAAGUCUCGCAUUGCAAAUUGGAACACUGGAAGCACGAGCGUCUGUCGUCUGCAUAAUUCUCAAGGACUGGAAGGCACCUAAAGCAGCGGCACAUUAUGCGAAGCGCCUGAAUGUACGAGGUGAAGAGCUGAUCAAUGCGGUUAUGUGCGAUUCGACGAUUUCGUUAUUGUUGAUGGCUCAGUUUAUGGUGGAGCUGGAUGAAGACACACUAGCGACUAGCGACCGUCUGCAGAAAUUUCUAUGGCCAUGGAUACUGCAAUCAAUGGAGACAAAAGAGAACAAGGCAGUAGUAAAGGCAGCUGUGCAUUUGAUGCUGCAUCCGACAGCCUCAGAUGAUGCCAAAAUGUACGACAAGAAGGAACGAGGUCGGAGACUGCAACGUGCUUUGGUCACGCAGUGUCUGAAGACAGGAAAACUGCUCCAUCUUGUACCGAUUCACGCACGAGCAUUUGCCGACCGGGUGAGUGUCGAUUCUGUAACCUUAGCGGCUGGACACAAUGAGGAAACUAAUGCAUUCUUAAGUGCCGAUCAAGAUAAACAAGAGGAGAUUCAACGCCGACAAAAAGUGGCUCAUUGUGUGCAGAAUGUACUUCGUCUGAUGUGGCCUGAUGCACGUGUAAUAGUAUUUGGUUCCUCAGUCACUGGUUUGUUGCCGGACUUUGAUAAAGACAAUCAAAAGCCUGCCGAUGUGGACCUCUGUGCUCUGUUGCCGUCUGCACCACAAUUUCGCCAGGAGACAGCGUCUGUCAUCACCGAAGUGAAGGAGCAUUUGGCGAUUUAUUUCUUACCUAAUAGCACGGACGAGACUGAAGACACGGUUAUCGCAGUAACGGGAGCCCGCAUCCCUAUUGCUCAUUUUCGAGACCCUUCUACCGAUCUGUUAUGCGACCUUUGCGUGAACAACGUCUCUGCAUUAUGGAACACGCGUCUGUUGCGAUGGUUUUUGUACGGUGGCGUCGGUGCCCUUUCUCCGGAGCAAGAACAUCAGCUCCAACAUGUGCGACGACUCUGCAUUUGGCUUCGUAAGUGGCGCCAGACUAAGGAGCGUUUGGUUGGUGGUGCAGUGAGCUCGUAUGGACUUAUGCUGCUUGCUAUCUAUUACCUUCAACGUGUUGGUAUCUUGCCCGUACUUGACUGCAGUGAACAUGUUGUUGAAGACGAAUGUUCACUACGUACAUUGACCGAGAAUGAAAUCGACCAGCAGCUUGAAAGGCUUGACAAAAAGUUUGUUGUCAAGGUACACACCGCUGAGGUGCGAGAUUGGCUGGCACUUCGACGUGGCUUCUUUCGCUUCUAUGCUUGCGAGUUUGACUACGAGCGCACUAUAGUGAGUCUACGCACAGGUGACAUUAUGCUAAAGACCAGCAAGGGCUGGUCUCGUCAGAAUGACACCCGACUCUGUCUAGAAGAUCCAGUAGAGACCGAACGCGAUUUGGGAAUGCUCUGUUCUAGACGCGCGUUUGGUUGGCUGCGUUGUGCAUUUACUCAGGCGUGCAUUGUACUGAGUAACAAGGACGAAGGUACAUCGAAUUUUCUACAAGAUGUGGAGGAAAAUCUACUGGCUUCUUGGGCGUAUGAAGAGGACACGUGA